AUGUCUGGAGUCAUGAGAAUAUUUUUCUUAAUUUCUGCCGCCCUCAUUCUUCUUGCUCACAUUUGUCCAGCAAGGGGCUCACUUCCGAGACAACUGCAUUGUCGUGAAAUGAAUGGUCGCUGUGAAGCAGAAUGUCUUAACUUCGAAGAAAAGAUUGGGGGCUGUAGAGCUGAUUUAACACCAUUUUGCUGCAAAAAACGGAAGAAAAAUUAA